AUGGCGAUGGAUGCUUACUUUUCCAUUGGCAGACACAGUUCAAUCAGCAUCCGGAAGAGAAAUGUGAUGAUGCUCUGUAUUAUAAUGGUGAUGCUAUGGACACUACACUCGCUAUCGUUUGUGGAGGAGGGUGAGACGGAGAAACAUGUACAAGACGAAGAAGAAGCCUACAUUAGAGAUCUUUGGGACUUUAAUGUUGUUCCCGACACGUAUGGACAAAUACAAAUGGUGGACGAUUCGAUUGUAAUGAUUCCUGAGAGUUGGCAGCUAAAGAUGAUGGCGUUACCACGACUCGCGGAAUUAUAUAAAAGAAACAUGAAUAAUCUUCAGAUAUUCUGUCCAGUCAAAGUUGUUUUUGGCGGAACCCAUGACGGCUGGACCGUGUGUUCAACAGAGCAGCGAUACAAGUGUGUCGCUUACCUCAUCACGAGUAAUCCAGGACCAAGUCGAUUUUUGUCAGAACUCCGCUCCGUACGGGGAUGUCAUGUCUUCAAGAUAGAUCAAAAGAACUGUUCAGAAAUGACACUACGUCACAUCAGGAAAGAGCACAGAGUCAUUGACAUAUUUGCCAUUGACGUUGACGACUCAGAAGACAUUUUGUUGGAGAGAAUAAUAUCUCUAGGUGUGAUAGAUCGAGUGAAACAACUGUUAGUAACGUUACAUGGUGACACGGAGGGUUUACUCAACAGUAGACAGUACCAGGAUAAGCUUAUUAUACAGAGGGAGCUACUUCACCGAGGAUUUCGAAUAUUCCAUCGCACACGGAACACUCAGUGCACACAUUGUGAUAAAACUCCAAGACCUGGGUGUGUAACUCUCAAUAUGAUGAUGCCAUCACAAGUGAAAGCCCCUAUUGUGGUACCGUCGCGGUACUAUCUUGGUAACCUUACCUCGAACCAACUUAAUCGGUUUUAUCACAGAUAUCUAUUGACGACGCAGACAUUUUGUAAGAAGUUGUCCCCCAUGGGUGACCUUGCCAAGAAUGGCUGGGACGUGUGUGUAGACCAGCUGUACAGUCCAACUGUACCCUGCCUCGUAUACUCGUUUGGAUCAGCUGAUGACUGGCCGUUCGACAAUGCAAUGGCGAAUCAUUUCGGGUGUGAGGUGCACAGUUUUGAUCCAAGAUACCAAAAUACAAAAAUUCACGACAAUGAUACCAGCGAUCUCAUGCCGAGUAACAACAGGGCAGGAGCCGUACGUUACCACAGCGUCGCAGUCUGGGAUAAAGAUACCCGUAUAAGGCGGCCGGACGGACAGACAUGGACGGCACUCACAUUAAAAUCAAUUAAGAGAAAACUUCGACAUUUGAAUAGACAGAUUGAUGUGUUACGAAUUGAUAUAGACUCGUCUGAAUGGAAAGUGUUGCCGUCAUUGAUCAGCACAGGGUUACUAAGAGAAGUAAAGCAGCUAUUUUUAGAACUUCACGGGGACGUUGAUGACGGAGCUGACCAGUACCUUGAGAGACUUUUAGUUUUACGAAACCUUCACGAUAUUGGCUUCAGGUCGUUUUGGGCUCAAGCGAAACCGGACGAUAGGGACCAAUAUACAUCUCAGUUAACUCGAACUGUAGUAACAAAAGUUUAUCAAUUAAAUUUGAUAAAUAUUUAUGUCGUAUGA